ACCAUGGCAACGGCAGUGACCCCAGAGCCUCUGACCGCGCUCUCUCGUUGGUACCUGUACGCCAUCCACGGUUACUUCUGUGAGGUCAUGUUCACAGCUGCCUGGGAGUUUGUGGUCAACUGCAACUGGAAGUUUCCAGGCGUAACCAGCGUCUGGGCUCUCUUCAUCUACGGCACAUGCAUCCUGAUCGUGGAACGGAUGUACCUGCGCCUGCGUGGGCGCUGCCCCGUGCUACUGCGCUGCAUCAUCUACACCCUCUGGACUUACCUGUGGGAGUUCGGUACAGGCCUCCUCUUACGGCAGUUUAAUGCCUGCCCCUGGGACUACUCCCAGUUCAAGUAUAACUUCAUGGGUCUGAUCACAGCCGAAUACGCCUUGCCCUGGUUCUGCGCCUCCUUCAUCGUGGAGCGUCUGGUAAUCCGCAACACACUGCGGCUGCGCUAUGACGAGGCCGCUGAACCGGCCAGAGCAGCAGGAGAACAGGCAGAUGCAGAUGGUGGUGGAGGAGGGAGAGCAGGAGGAGGAGGAAGAAGAGGAAGAGGGGUAAGGGGAUUGGCCAGUAAUGCCAAUGGCUAUGUGAAGAUGGACUGA